AUGGCGGCGUACGUGGGACGAUUUGGAUAUGUUUCUCACUAUGUUUUUUAUUUAGUUUUGUGCCUCGAACUGUUAAUCAGUUAUGGAUUGGGCUCAGAUUUGCCAUGUGCCCAGAACUGUACAUGCAGUGGAGAUUCAGUGGACUGCAGCAAUCGGGAGCUGACAGCUACACCGCUGGACCUUCCAGCCAGGACAGUUUCCUUAAAUCUUGGCUACAACAAGCUGACCGCCGUCGAUGCAGAAGUCUUCACCAACCUCCCCAACUUGCGAGAGCUGCGGCUGGACCACAAUGAACUGACCUCCAUACCAGAUUUAGGACAGGCUGCCUCCAAGAUCGUAUCGCUCUACCUACAUCAUAACAAGAUCCGCAGCAUUGAUGGCAGGCGGACCAGAGAGCUGGUGUCUGUGGAAACCCUGGACCUCAGCAACAAUGACAUCACCGAGCUUCGAGGUCACUGCUUCCCUGCAGGCCUCCAAAUCAAAGACCUCUACCUGAGCAACAACAAGAUCAGUGUGCUGGAGCUUGGAUCGCUGGAUCAUCUGGGCUCGACUCUACAGGUGCUCAGACUCAGCCGAAACCGCAUCAGCCAGGUCCCCGUGAGAGCCUUCCAGCUCCCAAGGCUCACCCAGCUUGAGUUAAACAGGAACCGCAUCCGUCAGGUGGAGGGUCUGACCUUCCAGGGUCUGUCCAGCUUGGAGGUGCUCAAGCUGCAGAGGAACAACAUCAGCAAGUUGACCGAUGGAGCCUUUUAUGACCUGGCCAAGAUGAAAGUCCUUCACUUGGACUACAACAGCCUGACGGAGGUUAACAGUGGCUCCCUGUACGGGCUCACUUCCCUUCAGCAACUAUUUCUCAGUAACAACUCCAUAGCCCGCAUCAAUCCUGACGGAUGGAAGUUCUGCCAGAAACUUAGGGAACUGAAUCUGUCGUACAAUAACUUGACUCGUCUAGACGAGGGCAGUCUGGCUGUGCUGGGAGAUCUCCACACCCUCCGUCUGGGCCACAACUCCAUCAGCCACAUCACUGAGGGUGCCUUCAGGGGCCUCAGGGCCUUGCGCAUCUUGGAGCUGGACCAUAAUGACAUCUCAGGCACAAUAGAGGACACCAAUGGGGCCUUCUCUGGACUGGACAGCCUCAACAAGCUGACUCUGUUUGGAAACAAGAUCAAGUCGGUGGCCAAGAAAGCCUUCUCUGGCCUGGAGACCCUGGAGCACCUCAACCUGGGAGAGAAUGCCAUUCGUUCCAUCCAACCUGAGGUCUUUAGCAAGAUGAGGAACCUCAAAAGCCUCCUCAUCCAGAGUGACAGUUUCCUGUGUGACUGCCAGCUCCAGUGGAUGCCGGAGUGGUUGGUGACCCGUGGAUUGCAGACUCGUGUUGAUGCCACCUGUGCCCACCCAGAGAGCCUCAAGGGCACCAGCAUCUUCCAAGCUCCCUCUGAGAGCUUUGUUUGUGAUGACCUUCCAAAGCCGCAGAUCACCGUCCAGCCGGAGACCACGGUGACGGUGCUGGGCAGCGACGUGCAGCUCAAGUGCACGGCGGCCAGCAGCAGCUCGUCCCCCAUGACGUUCGCCUGGCGCAAGGACCAGGAACUGUUGCGGCACGCCGAGACCGAGAACUACGCCCACGUGCGCGCCCACCAUCACGGCAGCGUGUCCGAGGCGCCAGGCACGGGCGUGAUGGAGUACACCACCAUCUUGCACCUGCGCCAUGUCACCUUUGCGCACGAGGGACGCUACCAGUGCAUCAUUACCAACCACUUUGGCUCCUCCUACUCCAGCAAGGCCCGCCUCACUGUCAACGUUCUCCCAUCCUUCGUGAAGACCCCCAGGGACAGCACCAUCCGGACGGGCCACACAGCCAGGCUGGAGUGCGCCGCCGAGGGCCACCCGGCCCCACAGAUCGCCUGGCAGAAGGACGGAGGCACGGACUUCCCCGCUGCCCGCGAGCGCCGAAUGCACGUCAUGCCUGAUGACGAUGUGUUCUUCAUCAUGGACGUCAAGCCAGAGGACAUGGGCGUGUACAGCUGCACUGCCAAGAACACUGCAGGCACCGUCUCUGCCAACGCCACCCUCACCGUGCUGGAAACACCACACCUGGCUCAGGACCUGGAGGACCGCAGUGUGGUGGUAGGAGACACGGUGGCCCUGCAGUGCAAGGCCCUGGGCAGCCCCCCGCCUCGCAUCACCUGGCUCCGCAACGACCAGCCCCUGCGCCCGUCCGACAAACACCACUUCACCCCUGGGAACCAGCUGCUGGUCAUCGGCUCUGCCACGCUGGAGGACGCCGGCCGCUACACCUGCCUGAUGUCCAACACUCUGGGCACGGAGCGAGCACACAGCCAGCUGGUGGUGACCCAGCGCCUGAGCCUAUGCAACCCGCAGCCGGGCCCCAGCACGGUCACCAUAGGGAUCAUAGUCAUCGCUGUGGUGACCAGCAUUGUGGUGACUUCACUGGUGUGGGUGUGCAUCAUCUACCAGACCAGGAAGAAGAGCGAGGAGUGCAGUGUCACCAACACAGAUGAGACGAUUGUUCCCCCUGAUGUUCCCAGCUACCUCUCCUCCCAGGGCACGCUGUCUGAGAGGCAGGAUGUGUGCAUCCGGGUAGACACAAGUGGUGGACCCCAGCCCAACGGACACAUAGACACUACAGGUUUUGAUGGUGCGGUGGUGUGUACGGACUGCAUGGAGAACGGCAACAACUACUCCAAAGACCCUGACUACCUGUCACACAGUUUUGGUCCUGCUGUGGGCUUGGAGUACCAGCAGCACUCCCUCCCCCAGCCAAACUCUCACCCUCACCUAGGGGAGCACCUUGACACAGCACCCCACACGGCCCCGCUGUGCAACGGGACCCCCAACGGGAUCCAAAGGGACAUUCAAGGAUCUACAUUUCCCAACAAUCAUGACACGUCACAACAGAGCCACCGGGAUAGAAAAGGUUCGUCAGUGAACAGAACAGGAAAGAUGUCGGUGUGCUCACCCUCGCAAGAAGACUCCUUCCACAAACCGGUGAAGCUGGCUGGGGUGACGCACCACGGCCUCGACAGUGACUGUGAGCCAGAGCUCAGGCAGACUCUGCUGUCCAAUGGACACACUCUCAGAGCCUCUCAGAAUGAGAGCGCCCCCCUAAGGAGAGCGAGUGAUUAGCUGCCCCCCAAUCCCCAAUACAAACCCAAAAUGUGGACUCGCUGAGUGGAGUUUCUUUGCACUGGGAAAUGAACUGCUACCUCAGAUUGAGGCGAAUGGCCCUGACCGCCCCCCCUGGCUUUGGACCUAAAGGGGGUGCUGGGAGAAGGGGAAAAGGCAGGGGGCAUCCGGAGUUUGAAGGCGGAGCUUGUGUGGGUGGCGUCCCAUCUGAGCGUAUCAGCUGUACAUAGUUAAAACCUUCCCUUGGGAGGUGACCAAUCAAAAUUCUAGCUCCAAAUAAUGUGACUUGCAUUUGAAGCAUGCAGUUGUAGGGAAUUUUGUACAGUAUGUGCAGUGUGUGCAGGGGGGGAAAGAAAUAUACCUUUGAACAUUUGACUGUACAUAAGAGUUGUCUUAUAUAUUAUAUAUUAUAUAACUUUUACAAAAGAGUAUUUGAAUUUAUUAUGUGCAUGACAAAGAAAGGAGUGAUGGUAUUUUUUUUUUUUUUUUCAAAAAA